UGAGUAACGCUAUCAAUUUCUGAGUAUACAUUUCAAUCAAAGCAAAUAGCCAUCUUCCAUUCCUGAUAUACUGUCAACUUGUAAAAUUCAAAAUAUGGUGAAGUUCGCCGAGAUAGCCAGGGAAAGAAUGGCUCGAUUCUUCUACGGGCUUUUCUUCUGGGCAUCAAGAGCACUUUCAACAGCUCGAUUGCAGAGGCUCAGAGCACCAAACCGUUGUGACGAGCACAUUGGGCUUGCAUGCGUGGUGUGCUCUUCGCAACAUUGGGUCGUAAAGCAGGGAAGGAUUUUCCACUCAUGCAUGGUAAAAUCAUGCAAUCCUUCUCGCUCCUCAUGUCCCGAUUCGAGGUCAUCCCUCCCAUGGCUCUCUUCUUCAUCCGCCCCAUCGUGGUCACUCUCCACAGACGGUGAUCUUUUAGGCACUGAGAGUGGAGUCCACAUGUGCAGUGCAGAUGAUCCAAUGCCAUGGGAGGAGACCAGAACCUAUACGAGCAGAAAACAACGAAUGAGGGAUCGCGAGCGGGAAAAGAGAUGGGAUAUUCCACCACCACUAACUAUAUUGAGAGACCAUGAAGCUUAUGGAGGGCAUAUACCUUGGAGUCUUCGAAGGGAGUACAGGGAUGGAAGGCUUAUCCUGCGAGAGAUUAUCACGGAUCAGUUUCAUAUUCAGGAGACCGUUAGAGAAGAUGGCUUCCGGUACAUGGACCUCGUGACCAUGGGCAACUCCUCCGCGAGCUACACCAAUGCAGCAGAGGAGGAGGGUGAGGUGGCACAGGAGAAAGAAGGUAGCAAUGUGGAGACAAAAUGGGGGCGAGAAGAUAGGAAUUAGGGGAAACGAAGAUUAAUGGAGGAAGAUUGUUGCAGUGGUUCUUUACCUGAGGUUUCUCGAGGGAGAAAGCUGAGAAUGGAGUGACAUGGUCGACUUCCCUGACCAUUUAGAAUAUCCAACAAGUAUUCUUGUUGGCGCAGGUACUGUGCCAGCAUUGAAGAAUCGUUUAAUUGGUUCACAAUCUUUUUUGGCUAAUUAAAGCCAUCAAAUUUGCAAACUUUUUUACAAGAUUAUUACUU